CCGACGGCUUAUAUUUCUCCAGAUACUCGCAUAUAACCACCGCAAACCCUAACGACUCACCCUUUUCACUUCAUUUGCGGCUCUCACACUCUCCACAGAGUUCCUAGGGUUUGUCAUAUUCUUGUUCUUCUUCAACGUGGUUUCUUCAGAGCGAAGAUGGUUCUCUCUAACGAUAUUGAUUUGCUAAACCCUCCGGUCGACCUUGAGAAGAAGAAGCACAAGCUCAAGCGUCUGGUGCAGUCGCCCAACUCCUUCUUCAUGGACGUGAAGUGCCAGGGUUGCUUCAACAUAACCACUGUUUUCAGUCACUCGCAAACGGUUGUGGUAUGUGGGAACUGCCAGACUGUGUUAUGCCAGCCAACAGGUGGGCGUGCUAGACUUACAGAGGGGUGUUCCUUCAGGAGGAAGGGAGACUAAUGGUGGUGAUGAUGGUGAUAGAUUUUGCCCCUUGUUGGUAAAUGCUAGUCGAGUUGGUUUGGUUUGGUUUGGUUGCAACCAAGGAAUGAGGCGGUUAUGUGUUAACUAAUGUUUUUAUGCUUUAAUAUGUAACCAUAUUCUUGAUAUUACCAAAGUUUUGGACCUGUAUGUGACAAUGUAUGAUUUUCUCAUCUAGUUUUUGUUUGUUGGAAUGAAAUUCCUUUUGUUUGGCUCAUACA